AAACUUGAAACAAAUGGAGAAGCCAUCCUCUCUGCAUCCUCGCUAAUGCUGGGGCCACCACGCGGAGGAAACCGCACUCGCUACCUGAUAUGCGGUAGCCCAGGAGGUGGGGGCUCAGGUUAUGGAGGAACAGGACACUUUCCAUCUGCAAGUCGUAGAAGAUGGACCCAGACCUUUGCCUCCUGUUUUAUCCAUAUGAUCUCAUGGUUACCUGCCUCUGUGUGCUUUCAAAGCAAGGACAGCUGUGGAAUGCGUGAACUUGCUCCUGUGUGUGUAUUAGUCUUUCUUCUCCUCCAGCACUCAAAGACUGUCACAGAUGCCCCCAUGGGCCCAGGGCUGUGGCUAUGUCAGCAGGCGCCCAGGUGUGGGGACAAGAUCUACAACCCUUUGGAGCAGUGCUGUAAUGAUGACACCAUCCUGCCCCUGAAUCGGACCAACCUCUGUGGCCCUAAUUGCACCUUCUGGCCCUGCUUUGAGCUCUGCUGUCCUGAGUCCUUUGACCCCAAGAAGUAUGUUGUGAAGUUGAAGGUUCUGGGUGUGAAGUCUCGAUGCUAUUCCUCCCCCAUCUCCGGGGACUGUGCCAGGAAACAUUUUCCAUCUGAUGAAAUACAAAGCCCAAGUUUCUGCUAGUAUUCAUACUUGAACCAAUAUAUUGAGGCUUGCUUCACUUAAAUCAAUAUACGAAUGAGGCCGCCAGUCGGUUGACUACACUGAUCUGGAGGCUGAGGACCCAGGUCUGUGGUCCCAGGGACACCUGAUGGACAGAAGUGCAGCGUGACCACCGACCUGCCUGCAGGCCCCGGCAGAGGUCUGUCCCUGCCACCUCCUCCGUUCAGCUCCAAGUAACACUGACCCAGGAGGCAUUUUGUUGAGCAAAUCUGAGAAACCGCGAAAGACCGUAUCACGGGUACUUUCCUAUUGUUUUCACAGCCCACGAAUCGGAAUCUAUGUUCUGUAAAGGUUGACACGGAGUCACGUGGAUUCUUGAUCAGUUACCACCACCAGCAUUUGGGAGAAGCAGAAACUCUCUUCUCCAGAAAUAGGGACCCGCUGGGCUCAUGUUUUAAAUAGAGUGUUUUUUUCCUUCACGAAAAUGAGGCCCAGAUGCUCACAGGGCGUCUCCCACACCUGCCGGUAAAUGGGGGAAGAGCCAGAAGAGGCUGCAGGGGUGUUGCUUCUCCCCAGGGACUCAGCGCCUCCUUCUGGUGAGAGAUUUAAAGAACAC